GAUAACCUCUUUCGCCCCAUCGAUGUCGGCGGUCUCGGACCCAUACAUAUCUUUUUAAAGCAAGUAAUAUCUCGAUUUUUAUUCUUCAGAACUGCAUCUCAUCAUUUCCUUCGCACUUACUUACAGACGGAACUCGCGAGUGCAUUACCUUAUUUGGUGGUUACGACGAUACCCGCAAGCACAUCACGUCCUGUGGGGUACCUCAAAGAAGUAGUGAGCGCGAUUGAGUUUCUAACAGCUCGUUUUUCUUUGGAGCAUUUAUUUACGGUUUCACGCAAAGUCUUAUAUGCUGAUCUGAUUGACAUAACGUUCCCUGAACCUUUGUACCGAAGCAUAUAUAGUGAAGGCCCUGGAAAAGAUGUCCUUAGACGUGUCCGAAAACUACAUGUCUCGCCUACAGCAAAGUCAUUCUUCCUUAAGCUCCAUACUUCUACGUUACCUGUAAAACCCUGGCUUCGUGAACGUGGAAUUUUUGUGCCGUGGUCAAUCAAUUGCCGCCUUUGUAACCAACCGGAAACUAUAGAGCAUUGUUUUAUUUUCUGCACCGACGCUUACCUUUUCUGGGAUGUCCUACAAAGGACACUGAAAAAAGACUUGAAUAUCAAUGCCUACACAAUCCGUUUUUUGCCCUUAAAAUUGAAUGAUAGUUUUCCUUACGAUCUGUUUACAUUAAUGGGGUUGCAUAGCCUCUGGAAAACAAGAAGGAUUGACAGGAAUGCGGACCCUCCCCGAUCUACCAAAUCAAAUUUUAUUGAAACCGUAACGCAUGUACGAAAUGUAUUUAACUACCUUGACGAGCGGCCAGAUUGGUAUGUUCUUUUUGAUCGAUGCAUUCAUCUACCUGACUUUUAG